AUGUAUAGACAGCUUGGGUUGACUGAAGACUUGCUGGCACUCGGGUACAAGCUGCCAUCAACAAAUCUCUGGAUUAAUGCGGAGCACAAAGCACACAUUCCGCUAGGAAAUUUUGGCCGCGAGUUAUCCCCCUACCCGUUCAUGCUAAGUGUGCCGCAAGACGAUCACGAAAGAAUGCUCGAAAAGCGAUUGAAUGACGUCGGCAUUCGUGUUGAACGAGGGACAAAGUUGCAAGGGUUUGUGGACCACGGGUUAAGCAUCACUGCUACUCUAUUCCGCGAGAGUGAUAAGAGCUCAACCACACAUGAGGCUUCAUACAUAGCCGGGUGUGAUGGAGCACACUCGGCUGUUCGCCAAGGGAUUAGUGCCAUAUUCGAGGGCGAAACAUACAAACCGCUGUUCUACAUCGCCGACGUCGAAGGUAAAAGCGACAAUCACUUCAAUGGCGAAGGGAACGUAGUGCUUACGAACGACACUUUCAACCUGGUAGUCCCCUACAACAAAGCAGGUCAUGUCCGUUUGGUUGGCAUCACAAUGCCGCAUAAUGACGACGAUGACAAACGUGAAUCAUCAGAACAUGAGAACCUGAUCACUUUCGAUGACGUUCUACCGCAAAUCAUGCACGUGAUGGAUAUCAAAAUCACAAAAGUCAACUGGUUCUCCACCUACCGCAGUCACCACCGUGUGGCCGACAAAUUCCGCAGCAAUCGGGCGUUCCUUGUUGGAGAUGCAGCUCAUAUCCACAGCCCGGUUGGCGGGCAGGGUAUGAACACUGGUAUCAUGGACUCGAUCAACUUGGCGUGGAAGCUAGCAACGGUCCUCAAACAGACAAACAUGACCGAAGAAGCAAAACAACAACUGUUGGAUUCUUUUGAGUCCGAACGCCGCUCAUUUGCCAUGACGAUAGUCAAGUCGACCGAUGCGGGCUUUAAGACCUUGACAUCGAAAGGAUUCUUCCCACACAUUCUUCGAAAUUGGCUGAUUCCAUACCUUGUGCCCCUUCUUUUGAAAUUCGAUUUUGCCCGGGCCAGAAUCUUCCGGGGGGCGUCGCAGCUCGUCUGCAACUAUAGAGGCAGCACUCUUUGCCAGUCUGGUAAAGGGAGCGUGCAGCCUGGCGACCGUCUCCCGUGGGUUGAAAUCAACGAUGUGGACAAUUUUUCGACUCUACGAGAUGUUUCUUGGCAGCUCCAUAUCUACGGGGAUUCUGUGACGGAAUUUGAAAAGUGGGCCCGGGAGAUGAAAGUGAAGGUUUUUACUUUCCAUUGGCACGAUCAAUAUGGCAAAGUCGGGCUUGUCAAGAAUGCUGUCUACUUGCUGCGACCUGAUCAGUAUAUUGCAGGCAUUUUUGAGGGCUCCUCUGUUAAUGGGCUGGUCGAAUACUUCACCACUCGGGGGUUUAACCUGGGCUGCGAUUACGGAGGAGACUUUUGA